ACUCUCAUACUUUCCCUUUUCCAUGUAAAAGGCUAGCAGAUUCACUUGUUGAAAACUCUUUCUUUCUCUCUCUCUCUCUCUCUCUUGAAGAUGAAGCUUUGACAGUUGCCUCAUUUCCAACUACUCUCUCACAAUCACAUGUUUCUCUUUUCUUUUCCCUCUCUGGAAGUUUGAAAUCACGGCCCAACUUUACAAAGGGCUCAAAUUUGCAUGCCAUCAAUAUCAAUAUCAUCUCCCCCACUCCAAAAAGACACACCAAAAUUAAAUAACGGGUUUGUAGUUGUGGAGAAUGCCAAGGCAAAACUUGAAUGUGGAUGUGAAAAUUGGAGGGAGGAAAUGCAAAGUGAGGAAGAGGGGUUGUUCCUCAUCAUCUUCAUCAUCAUUAGUGCAGAAUUACCGUUUAAAGCGCGCUUUUUUGGUGGGGAAAAGAGUGGGAUCAACCACUCCGGUGCCAAUGUGGAAAAUGAUGGGUUCAAAGUCACCAUCACUGGAAAAUGAUAAGGUAUUCAAGUAUCUGGCUGCAAAAGGUGGUGAAAGGGCCAAAGAGUUGUCGGUGUCAGCCCGGAAACUGGCUGCCACUCUGUGGGAGAUUGAUGGUUGGCCUUCACCAAGAGGGAAAAGGGAGAGUUUGGAGGAUGAAAUGGGAGUUGUUAGGAAAGAAAGGAGUUUGCAGUCGUCGAAAUUGGGAUCAAUGGUUCUUGCUUUGUCUGAUCUGUUUCAUAGUCCUGUUUCUGAGAGAAUGGAUCCACCUAAAGUUGGCAGCCAUAGAAGGAGAGCAUCAGCAGGUUCUCAAAAACUUCUGCAGGUUAAUUGUGAUCUUGGAGGGGCCAAGUCUCUCCAUAAUUGCAUGGUGGAGGUUGAUCAGACACAAAAUCCUGCCCGGAGUCCAUGCAGACAUAUAAUUGGAACAAAGAAUCGUCUUAAGGAUGUAUACAAUGGCCUUGUAACUUCCAAAGAACUGCUCAAAGUAAUGAGUCGUAUAUGCCAUCUUGAAGAUCAGAACUCCACAAGCUUGUCCCUUUUCUCAGCCCUGAAAUUUGAGCUUGAUCGGGCGUGUAUCCAUGUCUGUAAACUAAUCCAAGAACAAAAGGCAAGCCGGAGUGAGAUUGAAGUUCUGUUGAAACAGUUUGAGGAGGAAAAGAUGGUGUGGAAGUUAAAAGAACAAGACAGGAUUCGCAGCGCCAUCACAUCUAUAGCUGGAGAGCUCGAGACAGAGAAGAAGCUGAGGCGACAGACUGAGAGACUGAACAAGAAGCUGGGGAGAGAGUUAGCGGAGACAAAGGCAUCCCUGUCGAAGCAAGCGAAAGAUCUUGAGAGCGAAAAGAGGGCACGACAAAUAUUAGAGCAAGUAUGUGACGAGUUGGCUAGAGGCAUAGGCGAAGAUCGGGCUGAGGUGGAGGAGCUGAAGAAGCAAUCUGCAAAAGUCCGAGAAGAGGUGGAAAAAGAGCGCGAAAUGCUUCAAUUGGCCGAUGUAUUACGUGAGGAAAGAGUACAGAUGAAGCUCUUGGAAGCAAAGUAUCAAUUUGAGGAGAAAAAUGCACUUGUUGACAAUCUGAGGAAUGAACUCGAGGCCUAUUUGAAGUCCAAGACAGGUGAAGAACAAGCAGAUGGCUCCCCAAGCUAUGACAAAAUUAAGGAGCUUGAGAAAUAUUUGAGGGAAACGUUGCCAGGCUCCUGCCAGUACCAAGACAAAGAUAAAGAAGAUGUCGUAGCACCAAAUAAAGAAGAGGAGGGCGAGGAGGAAGACGACGAUGAUUCAGCUGAGAGCGACCUCCAUUCAAUCGAACUAACAGUGGAUGAUAUUAGCAAGAGCUUUCAAUGGAGUGAUGCUAUCAAGAAUGAAACAAAGAAGAAUUCAGUUGAUAAGAGUAAAGGGAGAAAGCCCUUUCAAGAGAAAACAACAAAACCAACCAUUUCUGAUGGAAUAGGAUGGGAAUUCACAAACAAUAAACAAGAAAAUCUAGAUGUGUUUGACAGGAGAGGACUGUUUGAAUUUGCAUCACAGCCUUGGAAGCAGGACGUCGAGGACGAACUCGAGCGAUACAACAUGAUCAAAGAUCUCAGGGACCACAUUGUCUCCGGUUCAAGAAUGGUGUCGUCUCAAGACUUGGCCACUCCCAGCCAAAACGUCGACCAACCGAUCCUUUCCUCAAAGGAUCCUAAUGGGUUGGUAUGCCACGGUUAGCAAAUUUACGCCUUAUCUCGGUAAGGAGCAACUCUUUCUGGUUGCUAGAGUCGAAGAGUGUAAACAGAAUUUUGUUUUUCAUAGUUUACAUAAAGUUAAAGUGUAUAAAAUUAUGGUACAUUCUGCUGGCAAUGAAAGUGUUAUAAUUUAUUUUA